ACAAAAGCAGGUUAUCCACUUGUUCGCCAGCAAAAUCCAGAACCAAGUCAAAUGUACGGAGUAGGACUAGAUAGAAACUGGGUAAGUACUGGACCGGGUAGAUACUAGGUGCUACUAACUCGAUACUAGCUAGAUGCUAGCUAGAUACUCCGUACAUACUACUACAUAGACUGACUCUCAAGCAUGAAAGUGGAUUAUAUCUUUUCCCAAUCUUUUCCCUCUCUCCAUCAAAAAUUGGAAAGCUUUUCUUCUCCAUCUUCCCGCCUCUUCUCCCCCUUUUGCUUCCUCCCACAAAAAAGGGCACAAUAAGUCGGAGUAUGAUAGGUAUCUUCUCUCGACAUUUGUUGGAAGUGAAAAGAUUUUACUCUUGCACUUUGCGCUGUUGCCACUACUGAGACCCGUAUCUAAGGUUUUCGCUAUCAGCAGCAGUUGGAAAAAAUUUAAUUAUCCGAGAUGUUCCCCGCCAUGAGCGUCGCCGCACUGAAAGCUCAAUCUGCGAAAAAGGUUGAAGCUGUCAAAAAUGCUUUCAAGAGUCGUCAAGAUUUCUUGGAUUUCGUAACUGUGCAAGAUACUGCACUGGACCAGCAUAGCCAUGCGGGAUCUAACAAGACUUGGUCCAACGAAGAUCUGUAAGUCCAACAGAGUUUUUCAUGCUGGAUUCGCACAUGGUGAACGAUUCGGCGACUAAAAACUUAUUCCUGUAGUGACCCAACACCUCCAGAGAAACGGACAUGGCGUUGGUGGAAUUUCGUUACCUUCUACCUGGGACUCUCCUUUGGCAAUUGGACUCUGGGCUCGACGAUGGUUGGUAUUGGUCUUAACUGGUGGCAGGCUAUCAUUGUCAUCUUUGUGUCCCAAUUGAUCAGCUCAGUUGCCAUGUACUUUAACAGUCGAUGCGCCUCAGUCUAUCAUAUCGGGUAUCCUGUCGUAGCCAGGAGUGUUUUCGGAAUGUAUGGAUCAUACUACUUCGUGGGAGCUAGAGCAGCCCUGGCCAUUAUCUGGUAUGGUGUACAACGUAAGUGGUCCAACUCAAGGCUUCUUGUCGCAACGGAACGCACUACGCCCUCUACCAAAGAUUGGACUAUUGGAGCCCCGUUGUGUCUUGGAUGCAAUCUCCUCUCUUUCGAUCUCUUGCUAAUACUCCGACAACCAUAGUGUUCUCCGGUGCGAGCUUCAUGAGCAAUAUCUUGCGAUGCAUUUUCGGACACAACUUUACUGAUAUUCCGAAUCAUAUUCCUGAAUCGAUUGGCAUCACAUCCGCCAAUAUGCUCGCCUUCUUUCUCUUUUGGCUGGUCCACUUUCCAUUCUGCGCUUUCCGACCAUAUCAAUUACGAGCAUUCUUUUGGUUCAAGUCAAUUGUAGUUUUACCGGCCGUAUUUGGACUUUUCAUUUUCUGCAUGGUCAACACAAAGGGCAGAGUCGGAUCGGUAUACGAGAGCACGCUUAGUGAAGGGGCUGCCUAUGGAUGGUUCAUUAUGCACGGUAUCAAUAGUGGUAUGGGUAAUACUGCAACUUGUAAGUCUCUGGUUUCACUGCACUUUCCCGUCUUGUAUUAAUACACCACCCAAUUUUCGCUUUUCCCCAGAGGGUAUUUUGACGGCUAUGCUCAUUGCGCAACCAACACUUGCUAACUUCUUGAUUUUCUAGUGAUCACAAAUCAGCCAGAUAUCGCAAGAUGGAGUGCGACGAGAUCUGGUGCACAAUGGUCACAACUUCUCACCCAACCUCUAUCCGUGACGCUAUCUGCCACAUUUGGAAUUUUAGCUACAGCUGCGGUUAACAACAAUUGGGGCUUGAACUUGUGGAACCCUUGGGAUUUGCUUGGUGCCAUCUUGGAUAAAUACUGGUCCGGCAGCACACGUUUUGCUGUGUUUCUGUUGGCGUUUUGCUGGAUGGUAUCCAUUCUUGGCACAAACAUCGCGGCAAACAUGAUUCCGUUCGGGGCGGAUAGUACCAUGUUGUUUCCUCGAUUCCUCACAAUUCCCCGAGGGCAAUAUGUGGUGGAAUUCUUGGCUUUCGCCAUCUGUCCAUGGAAGAUUCUCGCUUCUGCUUCAGUCUUUACCACUUUCCUUUCGGGUUAUGGUAUAUUUAUGGCUAGCGUCGUUGCAAUAAUGGUCUGCGAUUGUAAGUUCUUCUCUGAGCUAUCAUAUCUGAGGAUGGUGGAGGCGAGGCGAUUUUAUUUCUCUGACUUGAUGCUAACUAUUCAAAGAUUAUGCGCUCACCAAGGGCAACGUGUUCAUUGGACAUCUCUACAAUGGCUCCAAGGCAAAUAAACAUUACUAUUAUUUCCAUGGCUGGAAUGUGCAAGCAAUUAUUGCAUACAUUUGCGGCGUUGCGCUUCCGUUCCCAGGUUUUAUCGGAACUUUAGGUGUAUCAGUAUCGGCCGGUGCUAUAAAUCUUGGGCGUCUCGGAUGGUUGUUAUCAUUUUCUGUCAGUUUCGUUGUAUACUUUGCACUUUGCAAGGUGUGGCCAACUCGGAAUCAGAAGAUCAUAAAGGAGAUGGGUCUUGGCUGGGAAUCACAAUAUGGUGAUGUUGUGAUUGCUGAAGAUGGGACACAAAUUGCAGAGCACGGAGGGAUGGUUACAGCUGUCAGUGAUGAUUCUGAAUCUGUCAACAGAACAACAAUGGCGUAUCAAGGAGAGAAGUUUUGAGAGACAAAAAUGAGUACCUCCGCAAUAAAGGUCAGGUUUCGUACUUAUGACAAAAACUAAAUGAAUGAAUGAAUAAAUUAAUUAAUUUCCAAUAAAACACUGGUGCUUGCGAAAGAUUGUCUCGGUCAA